AUGACAGACAGCAUGACGCGGAACUUCAAUAAUUACCCUUCCACUGCAAAACCAGAACAACACGUCUCCAAACAACAAAUGGCAGCGGCCGACUGUUACGACAACCAAGGGAUGCUGAGAUCUGAGUUGGACAUCAACGGAAAACCCGUCAACGGAAACGCUUGCAUUAACAUGGACAGCCUCAACAACAAGUGUGUAGGCAUCAACAUGAAGGGUGACACCGCCGCUCUGCAGCUGAACGAGAAACAGAACUUUUACAACCCCUACCAACACCGCGACGUAAAACACCCCACAACAUAUUUCGACACCCUGAUACAUCUCCUAAAGGCCAGCCUGGGCACGGGAAUUCUGGCCAUGCCCAGCGCGUUCAAAAACGCCGGUUACGUAGUGGGCACGUUGGGUACGAUCAUCAUCGGAAUACUGUGUACAUUCACGAUACAUCUGCUGAUAACCGCUUCGCACGAGCUGUGCAUCAAGAGAAAAGUGCCCAGCCUCACGUACCCGGGUACCGUGGCGGCGGCUUUCGAAGAGGGCCCCAAGUUCACCAGGGUAUUGGCUCCUUACGCCAGGAUGAUGACAAACAUGUUCCUAGUCCUGUACCAAAUCGGUUCCAGUUGUAUAUACGUGGUGUUCAUUGCUAGCAAUCUCAAAGUGGUCGGCGACGCCUACCUCGGUGGCAACACGGACGUGCGGAUGUACAUGGUGUACAUAUUGAUCCCGCUGAUAUUGAUCUCGUGGAUAAGGAAUCUAAAACUCCUGGCGCCGUUCUCCUCGAUCGCCACUUGCCUGACCAUCGUGAGUUUUACGUUGAUUUUCUACUACAUUUUCCGGGAAGCUCCGUCCUUCGUCGACCGCGAACCAGUGGGCACCGUCAAAAGCAUACCGUUGUUCUUCGGCACAGUGCUCUUCGCCAUGGAAGCCAUCGGCAUGGUCUUGCCACUUGAAAACGAAAUGAAGAACCCCAAGAAAUUUGGCAGUGUGUUCGGAGUGCUAAACGCAUCCAUGUUGCCCAUCUCCGUCCUGUACACAGUUGUCGGAUUACUCGGCUAUCUGAAGUACGGCGAUAAGACCACCGGUAGCAUCACACUCGACAUGCCCCAGACCGAAGUCCUCUCUCAAGUCGUGAAACUCCUUCUGUCGGUCUCCAUAUACAUUACCUACGCUCUGUCCAACUACGUGGCGUUCGACAUCAUCUGGAAGGGAAUCGAACAAAAGAUGGAAAAGAACGAGCACAGAAUCUGCUGGGAAUAUGCACUUCGCACGUCCAUAGUGAUCGUUACUUUUUUCUUUGCCAUCGCCAUACCGAACUUGGAGCACUUGAUCUCGCUGAUCGGCGCGUUCUGUUUGUCUUCCGUGGGCAUCGCGUUACCGGCCAUCGUCAGCUUCCUGACGUUCUCCGACGUCUACAAGAACGAAGGAAACAUCCGGUUCGGUCUGUUCUGCCUGCGCAACCUGCUGAUUAUCCUCAUCGCCAUAUUCGCGUUCGUGAUCGGCGUGUCCACGAGCGUGUCCGACAUCAUACAUCACAUGACGUGA